CUGAAAUCUGAAGGAAAGUCAGCAAGUGGGAGACUCAAAGCCGAGCCGGAGGUAGCCUCCUCUUGGCCUUGUAGACCUUAGUCUCUCUUUACUAUCCACUCCAGGGAGGACCAACUGCUCACAUUUGGAAUAAAGCAAAAACCUACCUCCAUGGAAGCAUCAAGACUAGUGUCUGACCGAACACUGAGUGCUGAGACUCAGCCAUGUCGACAGACAACAGAAACCACCACAGAAGGCCACUGAGAACAGGAUUGAGGCUUGGAUGAUUCUCAUUUGGGGGAGGACUCCCUCUUCUCUCUUCCCUCAUCAGGUCUUCUGCCUCCCUCUCCCUUCUCCUCUCGCAGCCCCUCCCCUCCCCCAGCUUCCGGAUGAGUCAGUGUGUGGACAGGCAGAGUGGGACAUUCACUUCAGGAGCCUGUGACGUCUUUGCUACCUCCUCCCUGUCGUCAAGGCUGUAAAUUUUGUGCAGUCCCUAGAAACAGUGUCUUGUCCAGAUAAACACUGCAGGGUGUGGGGCCGGCAGAAGAAGGCCCAGGGUGCCUGGGACCCUGUCCACUAUUGGUUUCGUUUCCAGUCUAAUAAGGACUGUGCAGGAAGUCUGACGUCCAGCACGGUCCACCUGUGACUGGGUGGUACAGUUAUUGUCACCUUGGGCCACCACAUCCUUGUUGAAGAUUGUGACACUUCCCAGGAGCUUCCUCAAAGUAUUGAUGUCUCCUUUCCUUCACCAUAGUCCUGGGGGAGAGCUGCAAGGAGGUGGAAUAGAGGCCUCUGGAGCCGAGAGUGGAAAACUGAGCUUUGAGAUCGUGGCAGCUGCCUGUCAGACCCCAGCACAGAGGAAGGUCAAUCAGGUGGAUAAAGCCACCCUCUGUGUGUUUGCCACAUCCAAUGGUGGUUUGAGAAUGUGUCUACAUGUGUGUUGGCCUCUGUGUGGUCCCUCGGUGCUGUCCAGCUCCUGUUCAUCUUGUUGCAGAGCCUUGUCCCUGCCCCCCAGGGUGUCCUGGUCCUCAUCCUUCACUAGGGAACCACAAAAACCAAAAUCGGCGGCUGAGAAGCAGGCGGUGAAACAAAAGCUUGACAGCCUUUGCUGCCGUUUGCCCUUACAUCAGCUCCCUCAACUACUAGCGUUGUGGUUUGACCGCUGUGCCCAGCCUUGUGCUGGGCUGCAUGGCAUCAAAGCUCACCUAAGCCACUCCAGAUACUGCAAUGGGCCAGGAGGUCUGUGAGUAUCAGGUCAUUCAGCUUGCAGUCACCACAGCUUCGUUCAGCAGGAACACAGUACUGACCUUCUCUACCCAAGGAGAUUCCAGCUUCCUCAUCCAGGAAGGACUCAUAUCUCCCAUGUGGAGAGGACCCAUCUUCUCAGAGCUCAGCUCAGAGGUCUGCCCUGGGCAUCAUGAGUUUGGCCAAAAUCCCUCUGACUCCCAGUGUAGCAGAGAAAGCACGGCAUGGAAAACCACAGGUUCUUGGGACCAGGUCUAUCCUUGGUUUCUUCAGGGCAUGGUGCCAGCCUGAGGGGCCCACAUAGAGAAUCCAAACAAUGGUUUCCUUGGCCCAGCUGGUUCUAGUUCCCUAAUCCCUAUUUCUUUGGGCUCAGGCCACACUCAGAUUCCCCCACGUGCCUGAGCCAUGGUGGGGAGAAGAGCAUAAGACCAGGGCUGAUGGGCACAGUGAGGUGGGAAGACUGGCUCCCACCCAUGCCCAAGCUCUUGGUCAUUUUUAUCUUCGAUGUCUUUCCAGUGCCUGGAACCCUUUCUGGCUCCAGCUAGGAUGGCACAGAGGUCCCAGAGGACUAAGUGGGUGGCAUCAUAGGACACUACUAUGACCAGCAGUACUGUCUCUCUAGUCCAGGAUGUGGCCUUUGUUCAGAACUGGAGGGAGAGUCUAGGGGAGGAGAUGACACUCCCCAUUCAGGGAACCUAUGACCAUCCAUGCCUCUCUCCUCACUCACCUCUGCAAGUUGGGGACAAAAUUGGAGCGUGAGGCACCUUGUGACCAAAUCCACUAUGUGUGCUCUAACCUAAGUCAGGACCUAUCCUUGUUUUCAGGAGGAGGAAACAUGAAGGGCAGGGGUGCUCCCCAGGUCUCAGUUCAUGCUCACAGCAUGGGUGACCACCCCUGCCUCUCCAUCCUGUGUGGACCUCAGGAACCGGUGUCUCUCAUAGGCUCCUGUUUGUGGUUUUUACCAACUCUGAUGUAGCAUCCUGAUUCCUGGAGGCAUUUCCAGAUACUGGGGAGGCAGCUACAUAUAGUUUUGGGCUAAGUUCAGGGAUGGACAGAAGAUCACCAGGGUCACCCAAAGGAUCAUGUCCUUUGAGUAAGAGCUGUGGCUAGGAACACAGGACAGGCUGCCUGAGCCCACAUAUCCUCGGGAGAAGUGUUAGCCCUAGGAGACUCUGCAGGGACAGGACCUGCUGGAGUUGGGGCUAACCCCUCUUCUCAGACUGCAUUCUCACAGAGUGGCCACUCAAGCUACUUCCUCUUGUACCCUGGGGACACGAAUCCAAUGAGAGUUGUUGCCUGGGCUGAGGGCUGCCCAAGUUUUAAUUACAUGUAAUUCCAGAGACUGGCAGAGCCUGAGAAAAUAAGGGGAUUAGAGAGUAGUCUUAGCUGGGCUCAGUUGAGUACAGCAGGCUCCAUGGAGACAGGUGGCCCCCGUGUCCCCACUGCUCCUUGCCUUCUGGAUCACGAAAUGGGGUCAGGCACCCCCUCCCUCUGGAGUCUUGGUUUCCUGACACUCUUUCUUUGUCUUCCCCAGAUGAUGUGAAGUGAGGUGCAUUAGGAAUAUGGUUGCCUCAGCCCGCACAGCUUGUGGAGAGAUAGAAUGGAGCCGGGGACACCUGAAAACUCCGUAUUCUAGGCUGUGUUGGAGCUUGCAGGGCUGAGCCUGGGAGCAUGUUGGCGGAGGUUUGGGGGCUAUGGCAGACUUUGUGGGAUGUAAUUCCAGCAGGUAUCUCCUGCUCUCCCCACCUGACAGUGGCCUGGCUUGUAGCUUAAAGGAAUGGAGUUCGCUUGGGGUGUGUGCUGGCAUUGGGAUAAUUGGGGCUAUGACAUCCUGAGGAAGGCCAAGUUUACCCAGGGAGUCAUAUAAAGAUAAACUCAGAUAACUUGAAUCAAUAUUUCCUCUCUGGGACCUGUGGAGCCCCCACAGCUGUCUUCCUGAUAACUCGGCAAAUGCCCCACCCACCCUUCGCACCUCCCUCGUCCUCCGCCCUCGGGUGCCUGCUAGGCAUAUAAGUCCUGGACCCCUGUCCUGGGAUGCUCUUCUGUGCCACCCUCGUGAGCCACCAUGGGGCUGCCACUAGCUCGCCUGGUGGCUGUGUGCCUAGUCCUGGCCUUAGCCAAGGGCUUGGAACUUCAGAAAGAAGCCAGAUCCCGAAACCAUGUCUGCAGCACCUGGGGUGACUUCCACUACAAAACUUUUGACGGCGAUGUCUUCCGAUUCCCUGGUCUCUGUGAUUACAACUUUGCUUCUGACUGCCGAGACUCCUAUAAGGAAUUUGCUGUGCACCUGAAGCGGGGCUUGGACAAGGCUGGGGGUCACUCCAGCAUAGAGUCCGUCCUGAUCACCAUUAAGGAUGACACCAUCUACCUCACCCACAAGCUGGCAGUUGUGAAUGGGGCCAUGGUCAGCACCCCACACUACAGCUCCGGGCUGCUCAUUGAGAAGAACGAUGCUUAUACCAAGGUCUACUCCCGUGCUGGCCUCUCCCUCAUGUGGAACCGGGAAGAUGCCCUGAUGGUGGAGCUGGACGGCCGGUUCCAGAACCACACCUGUGGUCUCUGUGGGGACUUCAAUGGCAUGCAGGCCAAUAAUGAGUUCCUCUCUGAUGGCAUACGCUUCAGUGCUAUUGAGUUUGGGAACAUGCAGAAGAUCAACAAGCCUGAGGUUGUAUGUGAGGACCCUGAGGAAGUACAAGAGCCGGAGUCCUGCUCUGAACAUCGAGCUGAAUGUGAGAGGCUGCUGACCUCCACAGCCUUCGAGGACUGCCAGGCCCGGGUGCCCGUGGAGUUGUAUGUGCUCGCCUGUAUGCAUGACCGUUGCCAGUGUCCGCAGGGUGGUGCCUGCGAGUGCAGCACCCUUGCUGAGUUCUCCCGCCAGUGCUCCCAUGCAGGUGGCAGACCUGAGAACUGGAGGACUGCCUCUCUCUGCCCCAAGAAAUGCCCUGGUAACAUGGUGUACCUGGAGAGCGGCUCGCCCUGCGUCGACACCUGCUCACAUCUGGAGGUCAGCAGCUUGUGUGAGGAACACUACAUGGAUGGCUGUUUCUGCCCAGAAGGCACUGUGUAUGAUGACAUUACGGGCAGUGGCUGCAUCCCUGUGAGCCAGUGUCAUUGCAAGCUGCACGGACACCUCUAUAUGCCAGGCCAGGAGAUUACCAAUGACUGUGAGCAGUGUGUCUGCAAUGCUGGUCGCUGGAUGUGUAAAGACCUGCCUUGCCCUGAGACCUGUGCCCUGGAAGGUGGCUCCCACAUCACCACCUUUGAUGGGAAAAAGUUUACCUUUCAUGGGGACUGCUACUAUGUCCUGACCAAGACCAAAUACAAUGACUCCUAUGCCCUCCUGGGUGAGCUGGCCUCCUGUGGCUCUACAGACAAGCAGACCUGUCUGAAGACCGUAGUGCUGUUGACUGACAACAAGAAGAACGUGGUGGCCUUCAAGUCAGGUGGCAGUGUGUUGCUCAAUGAAAUGGAGGUGUCCCUGCCCCACGUGGCAGCGAGCUUCUCCAUCUUCAAACCCUCCUCCUACCACAUUGUUGUGAACACGAUGUUUGGGCUGCGGCUGCAGAUCCAAUUGGUCCCAGUCAUGCAGCUUUUUGUGACUCUGGACCAGUCUGCCCAGGGACAAGUGCAAGGUCUUUGUGGAAACUUUAACGGCCUAGAGAGUGAUGACUUCAUGACGUCUGGUGGGAUGGUGGAGGCCACGGGGGCUGGCUUCGCCAAUACCUGGAAGGCCCAAUCAAGCUGCCAUGACAAAUUAGACUGGCUGGAUGACCCCUGUUCCCUCAACAUUGAGAGCGCCAAUUACGCUGAACACUGGUGCUCCCUACUGAAGAGGUCGGAGACGCCCUUUGCCAGAUGCCACCUGGCUGUGGAUCCCACUGAAUACUACAAGAGGUGCAAAUAUGACACGUGCAACUGUCAGAACAACGAGGACUGCAUGUGUGCAGCUCUUUCUUCCUACGCUCGUGCCUGUGCAGCCAAGGGUGUCAUGCUGUGGGGCUGGCGGGAGAGUGUCUGCAACAAAGAUGUGCACGCUUGCCCCAGCUCACAGAUCUUCAUGUACAACCUGACCACUUGCCAGCAGACCUGCCGCUCAAUCUCAGAAGGCGACACCCACUGCCUCAAGGGAUUUGCACCCGUGGAAGGCUGUGGCUGCCCUGACCACACCUUCAUGGAUGAGAAAGGUCGCUGUGUGCCCUUGUCUAAGUGUUCCUGCUACCACCAUGGUCUUUACCUAGAGGCAGGAGAUGUGAUUCUGAGGCAGGAGGAGCGUUGCAUUUGCCGAAACGGAAGGCUGCAAUGUACCCAGGUCAAACUGAUUGGCCACACCUGUCCGAGCCCCCAGAUCCUUGUGGACUGUAAUAACUUAACUGCUUUGGCCAUCCGGGAACCCCGUCCCACUAGCUGCCAGACACUGGUGGCUGGCUAUUACCAUACAGAGUGCAUCAGUGGCUGUGUGUGUCCCGAUGGACUCCUGGAUAAUGGCCGUGGUGGCUGUGUGGUGGAGGAUGAGUGUCCUUGCAUCCACAACAAACAAUUCUACGAUUCUGGGAAAACUAUCAAACUGGACUGCAACAACACAUGUACUUGUCAGAAAGGACGUUGGGAGUGCACCCGCUAUGCAUGCCACAGCACCUGCUCUAUCUAUGGGAGUGGCCACUACAUCACCUUCGACGGGAAGCACUAUGACUUUGAUGGACACUGCUCCUAUGUGGCUGUCCAGGACUACUGUGGCCAGAACUCUACCGGUUCUUUUAGCAUUAUCACUGAGAAUGUCCCCUGCGGUACCACAGGUGUUACCUGCUCCAAGGCCAUAAAGAUCUUUAUUGGGGGGACAGAGCUGAAGUUGGUGGAUAAACACCGUGUGGUAAAGCAGUUGGAAGAGGGACACCAUGUGCCCUUUAUCACACGGGAAGUGGGCCUGUACCUAGUGGUGGAGGUCAGCUCUGGCAUCAUUGUUAUCUGGGACAAGAAGACCACCAUUUUUAUCAAGCUGGAUCCCUCUUACAAGGGCAAUGUAUGUGGUCUGUGUGGGAACUUUGAUGAUCAGACCAAAAAUGACUUCACCACUCGGGAUCACAUGGUGGUGGCCAGCGAGCUGGACUUUGGGAAUAGCUGGAAGGAAGCUUCCACUUGCCCAGAUGUGAGCCACAACCCAGACCCCUGCAGCCUGAACCCACAUCGCCGCUCCUGGGCAGAGAAGCAAUGCAGCAUUAUCAAGAGUGAUGUGUUCCUAGCGUGCCACGGCAAGGUGGACCCCACAGUCUUCUAUGAUGCCUGUGUUCAUGACUCCUGCUCCUGUGACACUGGUGGUGACUGUGAAUGUUUCUGCUCUGCUGUGGCCUCCUACGCUCAAGAGUGCACCAAGGCCGAGGCCUGUGUGUUCUGGAGGACGCCAGAUCUAUGCCCUGUAUUCUGUGAUUACUACAACCCCCCAGAUGAGUGUGAAUGGCACUAUGAACCCUGUGGGAACCGCAGCUUUGAGACCUGCAGGACCCUCAACGGCAUCCAUUCCAACAUCUCAGUGUCUUACCUGGAGGGUUGCUACCCUCGGUGCCCUGAGGACAGGCCCAUCUAUGAUGAGGACCUGAAGAAAUGUGUCAGUGGGGACAAGUGUGGCUGCUAUAUUGAGGAUACUCGCUACCCACCUGGAGGAUCUGUUCCCACUGAUGAGAUCUGCAUGUCUUGUACAUGUACCAACACAUCAGAAAUCAUCUGCCGUCCAGAUGAAGGGAAGAUUAUUAACCAGACACAAGAUGGUAUCUUCUGCUACUGGGAGAUCUGUGGAUCCAAUGGAACAGCGGAGAAAUACUUCAAUAUUUGUGGCUCCUCCACGCCAAGUCCAACCUCCCUGACAAGCUUCACCACAACUUCCACCCCCAUCUCUACCACUCCCAUCUCCACCACCAUUACCACCACCUCAGCCACCGCCACAACCACAGUCACGACAGCACCACCUUGCUGCUUCUGGUCUGACUGGAUCAACAACAAUCAUCCUACCAAUGGCAAUGGUGGUGAUCGAGAGACUUUUGAACAUGUCUGCAGCGCUCCUGAGGACAUUGAGUGCAGGGCAGCCACAGAUCCCAAACUCGACUGGACAGAGCUGGGUCAGAAGGUACAGUGUAAUGUCUCAGAGGGGCUCAUUUGCAAUAAUGAGGACCAGUAUGGAUCUGGGCAGUUUGAACUUUGCUAUGACUAUGAGAUACGAGUCAACUGUUGCAUUCCAAUGGAAUACUUUUCACCAACCCCCUCACCAACCCCCUCACCAACCACCUCACCAACCCCCUCACCAACCACUUCAACCACCUCACCAACCACCUCACCAACCACCUCACCAACCCCCUCACCAACCACCUCAACCACCUCACCAACCACCUCACCAACCACCUCACCAACCACCUCAACCACCUCACCAACCACCUCACCAACCACCUCACCAACCACCUCAACCACCUCAACCACCUCACCAACCACCUCACCAACCACCUCAACCACCUCACCAACCACAUCACCAACCACCUCACCAACCACCUCACCAACCACCUCAACCACCUCACCAACCACCUCACCAACCCCCUCACCAACCACCUCAACCACCUCACCAACCACCUCACCAACCCCCUCACCAACCACCCCAACCACCUCGCCAACCACCUCACCAUCACCAAUCACCUCACCAACCACCUCACCAACCACUUCAACCACCUCAACCACCUCACCAACCACCUCACCAACCACCUCACCAACCACCUCAACCACCUCACCAACCACCUCACCAACCACCUCAACCACCUCACCAACCACCUCACCAACCACCUCACCAACCACCUCACCAACCCCCUCACCAACCACCUCAACCACCUCACCAACCACAUCGCCAACCACCUCACCAACCACCUCAACCACCUCACCAACCACCUCACCAACCACUUCAACCACCUCAACCACCUCACCAACCACCUCACCAACCACCUCAUCAACCACCUCACCAACCACCUCACCAACCACCUCACCAACCACCUCAACCACCUCACCAACCACCUCACCAACCACCUCACCAACCACCUCAACCACCUCACCAACCACAUCGCCAACCACCUCACCAACCACCUCAACCACCUCACCAACCACCUCACCAACCCCCUCACCAACCACCUCAACCACCUCACCAACCACCUCACCAACUCCCUCACCAACCACCCCAACCACCUCGCCAACCACCUCACCAUCACCAAUCACCUCACCAACCACCUCACCAACCACUUCAACCACCUCACCAACCCCCUCACCAACCUCCUCAACCACCUCACCAACCACCUCACCAACCCCCUCACCAACCACCCCAACCACCUCGCCAACCACCUCACCAACCACCUCACCAACCACCUCAACCACCUCACCAACCACCUCAACCACCUUACCAACCACCUCAACCACCUCACCAACCACCUCAACCACCUCACCAACCACCUCACCAACCACCUCACCAACCACCUCACCAACCACCUCACCAACCACCUCAACCACCUCACCAACCACCUCAACCACCUCACCAACCACCUCAACCACUUCACCAACCACCUCACCAACCACCUCACCAACCACCUCAACCACCUCACCAACCACCUCAACCACUUCACCAACCACCUCACCAACCACCUCAACCACUUCACCAACCACCUCAACUACCUCACCAACCACCUCAACCACUUCACCAACCACCUCACCAACCACCUCACCAACCUCCUCAGCUACAACUUCACCAACCACCUCACCAACCCCAUCAUCAUCCAUCCCAUCCUCCACUCCAUGCAUUGAUGACUGCAAGUGGACUGGCUGGCUGGAUUCUGGAAAACCCUCCUAUGAUAAAGGAAGUGGAGAUUAUGAACCAAUUAAAGGUGUCUGUGAACCACACUGGGAAGAACGAAACAUCUCCUGCAGAGCUGUGAUGUAUUCCAAUGUUCCACUUGAUCAGCUUGGACAAAAAGUGCUUUGUAAUAUAGAAGUUGGGCUAGUGUGCAAAAAUGCAGAUCAGGGAAUAGGAGGGAUUAUCCCCAUGCCCGUAUGUCUCAACUAUGAAAUCAAUGUUUACUGCUGUAGUACAAUAUGUUUUACUUCAACCCCACCAUCCACCACGGAGAUCUCAACUACAACAUCAACAACAAAGACUUCCAUUCCAACAUCAACUACCAUGAAGACACCAAGCCCAACUCCUACAACUACAGUGACUCCAACUCCAGAAACAACCACCACACAGAUUUCAACUUCAACAUCUACUACCACCCAGACCACAACCCCAACACCCAUCACGGAGACCUUCACUCCUAUAUCUACCACCAGCCAGACACCAAGUCCAUCCUCUACUACCACAGUGACUCCAGUUACAACAUCUACUACUACAGAGACCUCAACGUCAUUAUCUACUACUACAAAGACCACAUCUGCAACACCUACAGUAACAGAGACAUCUACUCCUAGAUCUACCACUACUCAGACACCAAGUACAGUCCUCACCACCACAGUGACUCCAACUCCAACACCAACAAUUGGAAAGACCACAACCCCAACAUCUACAGUAACAGAAACUUUGACUCCCAGAUCUACCACUACCCAGACAUCCAGCCCAGUUCCCUCCACCACAGUGACUCCAACACCAACACCAACCCCCACGGAGACCUCAACCUCAACAUCUACUACCACACAGACCACAUCUCCAACGCCUACUAUAGAGACCUCCACUCCUACAUCUACCACAACAGAGACACCAAGUCCAACACCUACAACCACAGUGACUUCAACCUCAACACCUACUACUACAGGGCCCCCAACCUCAACAUCUACUACCACACAGACCACAAUGCCAACACCCACCACAGAGAUCUCCACUCCUACAGCUACAAUCCUCCAGACAUCCAGCCCAGUUCCCUCCACAACAGUGAUUCCAACAACAACACCAACCACCACAGAGACCUCAACCUCAACAUCUACUACCACAGAGACCACAACCUCAACAUCUACAGUGACAGAGACAUCUACUCCUAGUUCCACUACUACCCUGACUUCAAGUCCAACCCCUACAACCACAGGGACUCCACCCUCAACACCAACCACCACAGGGCCCACAACCCCAACAUCUACUACCACACAGACCACAACCCCAACACCCACCAUAGAGACCUCCACUCCUACAUCAACUACUACCCCGACACCAAGUCCAACCCCUACAACCACAGGGACUCCACCCUCAACACCAACCACCACAGGGCCCACAACACCAACAUCUACUACCACCACACAGACCACAACCCCAACACCCACCAUAGAGACCUCCACUCCUACAUCAACCACUACUCAGACACCAAGUUCAACCCCUACAACCACAGGGACUCCACCCUCAACACCAACCACCACAGGGCCCACAACCCCAACAUCUACUACCACCACACAGACCACAACCCCAACACCCACCAUAGAGACCUCCACUUCUACAUCAACCAGUACCUCGACACCAAGUCCAACCCCUACAACCACAGUGACUCCACCCUCAACACCUACCACCACAGGGCCCACAACCCCAACAUCUACUACUACACAGACCACAACCCCAACACCCACCAUAGAGACCUCCACUCCUACAUCAACCACUACUCAGACACCAAGUUCAACCCCUACAACCACAGGGACUCCACCCUCAACACCAACCACCACAGGGCCCACAACCCCAACAUCUAUUACCACACAGACCACAACUCCAACACCCACCAUAGAGACCUCCACUUCUACAGCAACCACUACCCCGACACCAAGUCCAACCCCUACAACCACAGGGACUCCACCCUCAACACCUACCACCACAGGGCCCACAACCCCAACAUCUACUACUACACAGACCACAACCCCAACACCCACCAUAGAGACCUCCACUCCUACAUCAACCACUACUCAGACACCAAGUCCAACCCCUACAACCACAGGGACUCCACCCUCAACACCAACCACCACAGGGCCCACAACCCCAACAUCUACUACCACCACACAGACCACAUCUCCAACACCCACCAUAGAGACCUCCACUCCUACAUCAAUCACUACUCAGACACCAAGUCCAACCCCUACAACCACAGUGACUCCACCCUCAACACCUACCACCACAGGGCCCACAACCCCAACAUCUACUACUACACAGACCACAACCCCAACACCCACCAUAGAGACCUCCACUCCUACAUCAACCACUACUCAGACACCAAGUCCAACCCCUACAACCACAGGGACUCCACCCUCAACACCAACCACCACAGGGCCCACAACCCCAACAUCUAUUACCACACAGACCACAACUCCAACACCCACCAUAGAGACCUCCACUUCUACAGCAACCACUACCCCGACACCAAGUCCAACCCCUACAACCACAGGGACUCCACCCUCAACACCUACCACCACAGGGCCCACAACACCAACAUCUACUACCACCACACAGACCACAACCCCAACACCCAUCAUAGAGACCUCCACUCCUACAUCAACCACUACUCAGACACCAAGUCCAACCCCUACAACCACAGUGACUCCACCCUCAACACCUACCACCACAGGGCCCACAACCCCAACAUCUACUACCACACAGACCACAUCCCCAACACCCACCAUAGAGACCUCCACUCCUACAUCAAUCACUACUCAGACACCAAGUCCAACCCCUACAACCACAGGGACUCCACCCUCAACACCUACCACCACAGGGCCCUCAACCCCAACAUCUACUACUACACAGACCACAACUCCAACACCCACCAUAGAGACCUCCACUUCUACAUCAACCAGUACCUCGACACCAAGUCCAACCCCUACAACCACAGUGACUCCACCCUCAACACCUACCACCACAGGGCCCACAACCCCAACAUCUACUACUACACAGACCACAACCCCAACACCCACUAUAGAGACCUCCACUCCUACAUCAACCACUACUCAGACACCAAGUUCAACCCCUACAACCACAGGGACUCCACCCUCAACACCAACCACCACAGGGCCCACAACACCAACAUCUACUACCACCACACAGACCACAACUCCAACACCCACCAUAGAGACCUCCACUUCUACAUCAACCACUACUCAGACACCAAGUCCAACCCCUACAACCACAGGGACUCCACCCUCAACACCAACCACCACAGGGCCCACAACCCCAACAUCUAUUACCACACAGACCACAACCCCAACACCCACCAUAGAGACCUCCACUCCUACAUCAACCACUACUCAGACACCAAGUUCAACCCCUACAACCACAGGGACUCCACCCUCAACACCUACCACCACAGGGCCCACAACCCCAACAUCUAUUACCACACAGACCACAACUCCAACACCCACCAUAGAGACCUCCACUCCUACAUCAACCACUACUCAGACACCAAGUUCAACCCCUACAACCACAGUGACUCCAACCUCAACACCUACCACCACAGGGCCCACAACCCCAACGUCUACUACCACCACACAGACCACAACCCCAACACCCAUCAUAGAGACCUCCACUCCUACAUCAACCACUACUCAGACACCAAGUCCAACCCCUACAACCACAGUGACUCCACCCUCAACACCUACCACCACAGGGCCCACAACCCCAACAUCUACUACCACACAGACCACAUCCCCAACACCCACCAUAGAGACCUCCACUCCUACAUCAAUCACUACCCCGACACCAAGUCCAACCCCUACAACCACAGGGACUCCACCCUCAACACCUACCACCACAGGGCCCACAACACCAACAUCUACUACCACCACACAGACCACAACCCCAACACCCACCAUAGAGACCUCCACUUCUACAUCAACCACUACUCAGACACCAAGUCCAACCCCUACAACCACAGGGACUCCACCCUCAACACCAACCACCACAGGGCCCACAACCCCAACAUCUAUUACCACACAGACCACAACCCCAACACCCACCAUAGAGACCUCCACUCCUACAUCAACCACUACUCAGACACCAAGUUCAACCCCUACAACCACAGGGACUCCACCCUCAACACCUACCACCACAGGGCCCACAACCCCAACAUCUAUUACCACACAGACCACAACUCCAACACCCACCAUAGAGACCUCCACUCCUACAUCAACCACUACUCAGACACCAAGUUCAACCCCUACAACCACAGUGACUCCAACCUCAACACCUACCACCACAGGGCCCACAACCCCAACAUCUACUACCACCACACAGACCACAACCCCAACACCCAUCAUAGAGACCUCCACUCCUACAUCAACCACUACUCAGACACCAAGUCCAACCCCUACAACCACAGUGACUCCACCCUCAACACCUACCACCACAGGGCCCACAACCCCAACAUCUACUACCACACAGACCACAUCCCCAACACCCACCAUAGAGACCUCCACUCCUACAUCAAUCACUACCCCGACACCAAGUCCAACCCCUACAACCACAGGGACUCCACCCUCAACACCUACCACCACAGGGCCCACAACACCAACAUCUACUACCACCACACAGACCACAACCCCAACACCCACCAUAGAGACCUCCACUUUUACAUCAACCACUACUCAGACACCAAGUCCAACCCCUACAACCACAGGGACUCCACCUUCGACACCUAGCACCACAGGGCCCACAACCCCAACACCUACAGGAACAGAGACCUUCACUCCCAGAUCUACCACUACCCAGACACCUAGCCCUCCCCCCACCACCAUAGUGACUCCGGCUACAACAACUACUACCACAGUGAGCGUAACUUCCACGCCUACUAUUUCAGAGACACCAACCCCAAUCUCUACAACCACAGAGAUUUCUACCCCUACCUCUCAUGUUACUACUACCACCAUCAUAGGCUCCUCAACCUCAACACCCACCACCACAAUCACCGAGACUCCAUCCCCACCUUCCACCAUUUCAGAGACAGCAAGCUCAACUUCUCCCACCACUGAAAGCACAAGCCCAACAUCUACUACUAGCCAAACCCCAACCCCAACACCCACCACCACAAUCAAAGAGACCCCUACCCCUACAAACACAGUACCUACUACAGGAUCAACCUCUUCCAAACCUCCAACUGGAUCCUCGACGCCCAUGACCUCUCCAUCUACUCCUUCUCCACCUACGGAGUCCACUACCCUUUCAAGCACCCCUGUAACCACCACAGCAACAUCUAGCACGUCAUCCCCUGGAACAACAUCACCCUUCUCCACUUCAUCAGUGGGCAGCACUCCCUCUUCACCUCCAAGUUCAACAUCAGGACCCACCACAUCUUCAGGCAUGCCCACUUCCUCAAAGACCACAACAGGGCCAACCUCACCUACCACAAGACCACCCUCCACAUCCACCCCUACAUCCCCCACUGUGCCAACCUCUACUACGGAAGCAAUCACCCAGACAAGGCUCUCGUCAACCACACCAACCAUGGAAACCACCAGGACCUCGUCUUGGGGGACAGUCUCUUCAGCUUCCCCAAUCACCUCUCCCAGCACUGUCUGGACUAGCAUUGCAACCUUAGUUACCUGCUGUGUUGUGGAUGAGAUGUUCUAUGGUCCAGGUGAAGUGGUCUACAACAGUACCUAUGGGGACACCUGUUAUUUUGUAAACUGCUCUGUGGACUGCCAACUCCAGGUCUUCAAUUGGUCCUGUCCAUCUACUCCCUCAACUCCCCCACCCUCAACACCAACAACACCAACAUCCUCCCAGACAACCACACCCUCCACACCAUCUACCACAUCUUCGAAGUCUACACCCUCUACGCCCCAAUCCACAUCAUCCAAGUCAACGCCCAGCACACCACCCAAAACCACCCUUCCUGGGUGCCUCGAUUUUGAUCCUCCCAGACAGGUCAAUGAGACCUGGUGGCUGUGUAACUGUACCAUGGCCAUCUGCAAAUAUGACAACGUAGUGGAGAUUGUGGAGCUGGAGUGCAACCCCCCACCCAUGCCCACCUGUUCCAAUGGCCUCAAACCCGUGCGUGUCCCUGACCCUGAUGGCUGCUGCUGGCACUGGGAAUGUGACUGCUACUGCACUGGCUGGGGGGACCCACACUUUGUCACCUUCGAUGGGCUUUACUACAGUUACCAGGGUAACUGUACCUAUGUGCUGGUAGAGGAGAUUACCCCCACAGUGGACAACUUUGGGGUCUACAUUGACAACUACCACUGCGAUGCCAACGACAAGGUGUCCUGCCCCCGCACACUUAUUGUGCACCAUGAGACCCAGGAAGUGCUGAUCAAGACUGUGCACAUGAUGCCCAUUGAGGUGGAGGUACAGGUGAACAAGCAGUUAGUGGCUUUGCCCUACAAGAAGUAUGGACUGGAGGUAUACCAAUCUGGCAUCAACUUUGUGGUGGACAUCCCCAGGCUGGGUGCCCAGGUCUCCUACAAUGGCCUGUCUUUCUCCAUCCGGCUGCCUUACCACCUGUUUGGCAACAACACAAAGGGCCAAUGUGGCACCUGCACCAACAAUACUGCUGAUGACUGUAUCCUACCCAGUGGGGAGAUCAUUUCUAACUGUGAAGUUGCUGCUGAUGAGUGGUUGGUGAAUGACCCGUCCAAGCCACACUGUCCCCACAAAGGCCUCACCACUAAGCGCCCAGCCAUCACGACACCAGGACCUUUCCCUGAAAACUGCACUGUGUCUCCUGUCUGUCAGCUCAUCAUGGACAGCUUAUUCUCCCAGUGCCACCCCUUCGUGCCUCCCAAGCACUACUACGAAGCUUGCCUGUUUGAUAGCUGCUUUGUGGCUGGCUCUGGUAUGGAGUGUGCCAGUGUACAGGCCUAUGCUGCCCUCUGUGCUCAGGAAGGUGUCUGCAUUGACUGGCGGAAUCACACCCAGGGGGCCUGCGCUGUGACGUGUCCAGCUCACAGGCAGUAUCAGGCCUGUGGCCCUUCAGAGGAACCCACCUGCCAGUCCAGCUCCCCUAAGAAUUCCACGCUCUUGGUGGAAGGCUGCUUCUGUCCUGAAGGGACCACAAAGUUUGCCCCUGGCUAUGACGUCUGUGUGAAGAUAUGUGGAUGUGUGGGACCGGACAAUGUGCCCAGAGAGUUUGGAGAGCACUUUGAAUUUGACUGCAAGGACUGUGUUUGCCUGGAGGGUGGAAGUGGUAUUGUCUGCCAACCAAAGAAGUGUGCUAGGGGCAACCUGACCACAUGUGAGGAGGAUGGCACCUACCUUGUUGUGGAGGCCGACCCAGAUGACAAGUGCUGCAACACCACCUCAUGUAAGUGUGACCCCAAACGGUGCAAAGCUGAACGCCCCUCAUGUCUGCUGGGAUUCGAAGUGAAGAGUGAGCACGUGCCUGGGAAAUGCUGUCCUGUCUACUCCUGUGUGCCCAAGGGUGUGUGCGUGCACGAGAAUGCUGAAUACCAGCCCGGAUCCCCAGUGUACUCUAACAAGUGCCAGGACUGUGUAUGCACCGACAGCAUGGACAACAGCACCCAGCUCAAUGUCAUCUCCUGUACCCAUGUGCCCUGCAACAUCUCCUGCAGCUCUGGCUUUGAGCUUGUGGAGGUUCCUGGGGAAUGUUGCAAGAAGUGCCAGCAGACCCAUUGCAUCAUCAAGAGAUCCGAGCAGCAGUACAUCAUUCUGAAGCCUGGGGAGAUACAGAAAAACCCCAACGACAGGUGCACCUUCUUCAGCUGCAUGAAAAUCAACAAUCAGCUCAUCUCUUCAGUCUCCAAUAUCACCUGCCCUGACUUUGACCCAAGUGAUUGUGUUCCGGGCUCCAUCACAUACAUGCCGAAUGGCUGCUGUAAGACAUGCAUCCAUAACCCUAACAACACAGUCCCUUGCUCUGCCAUACCCGUCAUGAAGGAGAUUUCCUACAAUGGCUGCGCCAAGAACAUCUCCAUGAACUUCUGCGCUGGGUCCUGUGGGACUUUUGCCAUGUACUCUGCCCAGGCCCAGGAUCUGGAUCAUGGGUGUUCUUGCUGCAGGGAGGAGAGGACCAGUGUACGAAUGGUUUCCCUGGACUGCCCAGAUGGCAGUAAGCUGAGCCAUAGCUACACACACAUCGAGAGCUGUCUGUGCCAGGGCACCGUCUGUGAGCUGCCACAGGCCCAGCAAAGCCGCACCAGGCGUUCUAGUCCCCGGCUUCUAGGAAGGAAGUGAACGGGUUACACCGUGCACAUCUCUUCCCAUCUUGAGCCAUCCUGCUGAUUCUCUGAGCUUCCCCACUUCCUGCUUGACUUCUUCUCUGCACAUAUUUAUUUUCGGAGUUUCUGUUCCAUUCUUUGCUUUCUGAUAAUAAACUCAGGCAUAGCCA